UAAACAUUGUGAUACUGUUAAUUCGUAAAGUGUUUUUCUAUACUAAAAAAAAAAAUGGUUUCUUUUGCAAAAAUUCCCGAUUUAGUUGGAUAUUUGGUCCUGACCGAGUAUGGAGCGGUUCUGGAAAGUGACGGUGACCUGAAAAAUGAUGAGAAUUGUGCGAAUAUCGUGACGUCUAUCAUUAAUUUGGCUGAUAGUGCUGAUGAAAACACAUUACCAAAAAGUGAUUGCCACCGAAUAUCAAUAGUCUUUGAAAAUCACAGCUACACAAUUUGCCUGUCAAACAAAAAGAUUUAUGUGGCCAAACGUGCGGUUCGAGGAGUAAACAGUCAACAAUCGUCGCCACCCACUGCUAUUGGAUUCCAACCCGAAAACAAAGGCCCGAAUUUGGACUCAACAACACAACAGUCAUCGGCAUAAUAACAUUAACUUUUCCAUCGAAAAAAUAAAAGCCAUAUAUUUUUUAUUAGCGUUA